UAAAUGCAAGGUUUAAAAUUCUGAAGCGCUUAAUUUAUUUCGAGUCAGUGUUGUUUUGUUUAUUAAUAUAAAUAUAUUAUGUAUAUACAUAAAUAGUGCUCGAAAAACAAUAAUAAUGACUGAUAAAAGUGAUCGGGAAAAAUCCGAUAAAGUUAAUAUAAGCAAUCAGGUUAAACAUGUACCUAAAGACGCCCAAGUUGUUGUUGCUAUUUUAAAAGAUAUGGGAAUAUCAGAAUACGAGCCUCGAGUUAUUAAUCAAUUGUUGGAAUUUACCUAUCGAUACGUCACAUGCAUUUUGGAUGAUGCUAGAGUAUAUGCAAAUCAUUCUAAUCAUCAGAACAAAAAAAGUAUUGAUCUUAAAGACGAAAAGCUAGCAGUACAAAUGAUUGCGGAAAGAGCUUUUACAACACCACUACCCCGAGAGACACUUAUAGAGAUGGCAAGAUCAAAAAAUAGUACUCCUCUACCACUUGUGAAGCCUCAUUGCGGUCUUCGAUUGCCUCCAGAUCGAUAUUGUCUUUCUUCUUGCAAUUUUAAAUUGCGUACAAAUGUACUAAACACAAAAAAAGCCAAGUCUGAAGCACGUAACAUAAAUAAAGGUGCAUCUAAGAAUUCAAACUUACUUCAUGCUUCAAUAAAGAGGCAGCCUGGCCAAACAACUCUGCCAACUACGACCAAAAUGCAGACUGUCUCUGUUCCAAAGCCAGUAUUCAAGUUCAGUGCAAAUCAACCUCAGCAACCUAAAAAUAAACAGCCGAUUAAAGUUGAAGUAAGCUCAGAAAAUAUGAAUCCAGGCCAAGUUAAUACAGCCAAAAGAAAAAGAGAAGAUGAAACUGAUAUUGUCAUAUGAUUAUAAUUUAUAUUGUUUAUGGAA